AUGACGUUGGGUCUGGGAGCCGCUAGAGGCUUUCAUGCCUCAGCCAGAUCACCAGGCUCCCCUGCCUCCGCCUGCUCGUCGGGCUUUCAUGUCUUCACCGGAUCACCAGGCUCCCCUGCUUCCACCGGCCCGUCUGGCUUUCAUGCCUUCACCGGAUCGCCAGGCUCCCCUGCUUCCACCGGCCCGUCGGGCUUUCAUGCCUUCACCGGAUCACCAGGCUCCCCUGCUUCCACCGGCCCAUCGGGCUUUCAUGUCUUCACCGGAUCACCAGGCUCCCCUGCCUCAGCUGGUCUGUCAGUUUCCCACGUCCCAGCCGGCGACAGGUUCCCGCGCAUCAGCAGGGGUCACCGGUCCACUCCUGAUCCCCCGGGAUCGUCCCUUGGGUUGGCAUCCUGCGGCUGGAGCUGA